CUGGGAAAUUUAGUAGCGUUCAAUUUUUAUCAUUUUAUCAAUGUGUCAAAAAUUGAUCAAAAAUUUCUAAAUAAAAAAUUCAAAACGAAUAAUUUUCAUCAGUGUCGCGUAAAAUCCAAUGUUAUGAGAUCACGUAGUACCGGUGCCGGAAAUCACUCUUAAGAUUUGUACCCAACACAAUCGCCAUGGUGUACGUAACAAUCGAGAAAAGCAUCGAAGAAGACACGCAGAGAGCAGCCGCCGAAGUCCAGCUGCAAAAAUAUGGUCAAUUCUUCGACGAAUUUAGCUCUCGCAUUCGGCAAUUAUCGACCACAUUGGGCGACUCCAUGAUCCAUCAUCGUCGCCGUUACAUUAACGCUGAUUUCCAACCGAAAGAGCAGAUCGACUCUGUGCAAGAGUUGAUCAACAGCGAGAAUAAAAUCAUCGACAAGGUACUGGCGGUAUUCUGUACGUUAUGCGACGAAGUUACCUAUUUAGAAUCCGAAGCUCGUGUCAAGUACCUGGGCCCGAUAUUGUACUACGGUUCCGGGUUACCGGACAAUCCGUCCAUAGAAGAAAGCCAAUUCUUGCUGAGUAAAACGUUGCCUUUGCUUCAAGAUUUAUCGAAUUUCCUGAAACACUGCGAACGCUUGGUGUUCGACAUCAUCUCGCAGUUGUCUGCAUUUUAUCGAUUGCAUUUCGAGAUCGCCGAUGCGAGUGUGUUCACCGUAUUCGACAGCUUGGCUGAUCUCUUGCUCGUGAUGAUUUUACUGGAAGAGGUGUUGAUUAAUAAUCAAGAUCUGAUUUACCAUUGGACAUUAUACCAAAGAACCAUACAGCUUGCUUCGUGUAGCGCUUCGGAGAUAGUCUACGAUGUGGGUAAACUCAGGCGACUCGAUCAGCUAGUGAAUCGUUUAGAGAAACAUCUACUUACGAAGAAAAUUUUCCAAACUGUGCUGAAUGGUAACUUCGAUAAAAAGGUACCGGUCAAGAUCAAUAAACGUCUCGAGGAAGAGUUCUUCAACUACUUGAAGACUCUGUUGAGUGACGUAGAUCGAACGGUGAAUCGAGAAGGCUGCACUAAUAUGACAAAGUUGGCCAAACUCAGCGUUAUGUUUGUCUUACACGUGAAUAUUUACGGUAGUUACGAUAAAAAGUUCUUGAAGACGUUUUCGGAAAUACUGAAAAAAUACUCGCUGGUUACGUUACGUUACAAUGUCCUUCUGCAACUGGACACUUUCACUUUGCAAUACAUCGGUCAGCUGUUGAAACCGGCGGAGAAAAAGCUCUUCGAGAAGAACCAACCGCAGUAUGCGGAGACUUAUCUGGCCGAUGUGACGCAAAGAAUGAACAGAGAUGUUAAUUUUUACACCGGUGAAAUUCUUAGUUGGAUGUUACGUUUGGAAGUUAAACUACACGAGGAUACGAGCUUCGCGAACGGAACCAAUGUCCAGUACUUGGCUGAAAUAUGUAGUCUGUUAGUGGAUGGAAUCAAUUACGUGGUUCAGAUUAAAGCUUUACUCGCCCUAGUUUCGAAUCUGCAUAUUAAAACCAAGAAACCAAUGUACAAGACAUCAGCUGUCUCGUUUUGUCGACUGGUUGAGCUGAUCAAGUGCAUCGAAUCUGUAUACAGACGUCAUCAUUCGGCCAUUUUUAAAUCUCUUAAUUAUAUCGUUCAGUACUUGCUGCAUCAGUGCCUUACUAUCAUCGGUACGGUGAAGAAAUCGGUCGCAGCGUCGGAUAAACGUUUCAAGGAGAUUCGCGUAGAUGCCAUUUCUUCGAUCGUCAUAGCAGAAAACAGCUUAUCAGGACCUCCGACUAAGCUCCGUCAGCAAAUCGUAGCUCUGUGUCUGAACUUGGCUAGCCAAUUGAAAACCAUGCUUCAGGAUACCGAUCGUCAAAAACUAAAUGGAUUAUUAUCCAAGAUAACCUUAUGCACUUCGCUUCUACGAUCUCUGGCCGACGUGACUGAAUGUAAAUUCAUGUACAGAGAUAUUGGCGCAUUACCGGUAUACUUAGAAGACAUAUCUACGCGAUACUUAUCCCCGAAUCGAAUCCAAUACGUAUUGGAUGCUUUGGAAAACAGUAAAACUGCGUUACGAGCUCAAUUCGAAGACCUAGGUUUGCCAAAUAAUGUAACCAACGAGGUUCUCGAGCAAUUCACAGACCACGUGGUUGCUCCAAAUUGCGCCAAAAUGGAAGAAAAUCUUCGUUUGCACGCGUUGCAUCAUUUACAGCUCGGUAAACGUACUUUGGCGAAGGUGAACAACGAUCUAAUUCAUUUUAGCAGACUGGAUCGUAUGCGUUUUGGAGACGCUUCUUUGGAUGUGCGAUUUGCCGUCGAGUCUUACUUGGAUCGAACGUUCUACGAUUUGACCACGGUUGCAUUACACGAUUGGCAAAUUUACGGCGAGAUGAGAACGUUAGCUAAACGUAAAUUUCAACUCGAGUUAAUGACCGAUGACGCUUUACCAAAUCAUACUCUCGAACAAGGUCCUGAUUUAUUGGAAAUAACUCGAAAUUUGGGUACGUUCGUCGCGACCAAUUUCUAUAAUCUUAAUAAUCAAAUCUUCAUCGAGGCCUGCAGCAAUAAUAAACAUCUGAAUACGAUCAACAUUAAACAUACCACGAAUUCGAUUCGAACACACGGAGCUGGUAUCAUGAGUACCGCCGUCAACUACACGUAUCAAUUCUUGUGCUCGAAACUACGCGUGUUUUCUCAGUUCUUAUACGACGAACAGGUUAAAUCGAGAUUGCUCAAAGAUAUCUCUUUCUUCAACGAGCAAUCUUCAUCGAAUGUCAAAUUCCCGUACGAUCGAGCCGAACGUUUCAACAGAGGAAUACGUAAAUUGGGCAUCAAUGCCGAAGGUCAAACUUGCCUAGAUCAAUUCCGCCAGCUCAUUUCGCAAAUAGGUAACGCUCUCGGUUACGUACGACUGAUACGUUCCGGUGGCCUUCGUUAUUUCUCCAACGCUUGUAGUUUCAUUCCAAAUUUGAAGGAGAUCGUCGAUUUUCAAGAGUUAUCAGCGACCGAACCUUUCUCGCCAGCUUGUCAACAAGCGGCCGUCAAUUUAAACAACGUAGUUACCAAUAUGAGCAGGAAUAUCGCCGAAGGUACCAAUUACUUCAAGCUUCUCGUCGACGUAUUCUCAUCCAUAGUGGAAGAUCCGAAAAACGAUCAUUUGAAAAAUUUUUACGCUGUGAUUCCAGCGUUAACGAUUAAUUUCGUAGAAUACUCGAUCGGUGCCAAAGAAGGUCUUAGUAAGAAAAACACCAAAACUACUGUUACCUUUACAGACGACGGUUUCGCCGUAGGAGUGGCGUAUUUUCUACAAACCCUUAAACAAAGCGCUCAUUUCGAUUCAUUCCAAUGGUUUCAGUCGGUAAACGAGAAAUUCGAAGCGAUUAAGGCCGAUUUGACUACACAAAUCGCUAAUAUUUCCAAAGACGACUUGAAGCUCAACCAUACGCUUAGUCUAUCUCUGAAACGAGCUGAUACGUACCAGAAGGAGUUUAAACUGUUAUAUUACAAUUUAUAUAGUGCUAGGGUUCUAUUCCAGGGUCAAAAUAAACCUCAGACUGAACAAGAGGCUCAGGAUGAAUAAUUGUGAUCAUUUAUACGAAUUCGAUGUUAUUUAAUGCUAUCGUAAAUUAUUAUCGUGUUACUUUACAUUCGUACGUAUUUUUUUUAAAAACACGUUUAUUCCUCAAAUUAUGUUCCCAUAUUUUUAUUUUUGUAUCUAUGUAUUAUCGUGUUAUACUAUAUUAGAAUAUUGUUUUGUUCUGAAUCUGAAUCAUCGUUAUAUUUUAUAAAUACAUAUUAUUGUUCUCGAA